AUGGUAUUGGUUAAUGUACAAAAUUCUAGAAUAGGUGCUUGUUUAAACCUUCCAUAUGAUUUCUAUUAUAAUGUAGAAGAAUUAAAAAAGUUAUUUCCCAAUGUGAAUUUUAUCACGCAAGAUGAUUUUCUUUCUUGGACAAAAGAACGUCAUGAAAAGCCUGAUGUUGUAUUAAGAAGGAUUCAACAAGGUGGGGAGCCAAAUACGAUUAUUAGUAACGUUGGUCUACAAGAAUGGGGUAACGUAAUCAACAAUCAAUGUCUUGAGAAAUUUGAUUUUAAAUUUGACAAUCAAAACGUUUCUCUUUACAAAAAAAUACAAAUUGGACCAAAGAAAUAUUGGAGGAAAAAUAAUGAAGCCAUGACAAAAUUCAUAUUUUCAAAUUUAGAACAUAUCAAUGAAGAAGUUUUAUUAAUACAUCCUAAUGAAGUCGGGGGUGCUUUAUUCCCUUCAAAAGGUGAAAUUAUACCCUUACCUUAUGCUGCUCAUAUGAUCGAAGCAGCGAAAAACGUAACGAAUCAUUUGAAGCCUUAUAUAGGAAUUCAUUGGAGACAAGAGACAAUUAAACCGAGAGUGUUACCAAAUUGCGCUAAAGGAUUAAUUAAAUAUAUUAAUGAGCUAAAAUUAAAAACUGGAAUAGAGAAUAUUUAUUACGCGACGGAUUAUCCAUUAUAUAAUGGAACUCAAUCAUCCACUUUUCAUGUAUUAGCUCGAGAACAUCAUGAGUCUAUGAGAAUGUUAAAUUCUGCUUUUACUUUAAACACUUGGGUAUCAUUAAAGGCUCUUGAUGGUUUAUAUGACAUCUUCCCUCAAUUUAAAAAGUACAUCACUGAAGAAUUAAAUGGAUCUGGCAUACAAGGGAUACUUGAUAAGUUGGUUUUGAUUGAUGCUGAUUACUUUAUAAUAGGUCCACAUGGUUGUGCCAGAACUUCAAGUAAUUUUACAAAAAAAGUUUAUUUGGCAAGAAAAUUAUUAUUGGAAUCUGGUAACAAGGAUAUUCACAAUGAUAUUGAUCAUUGGUAG